GAUUUUUCAAUUUGCAUUGUUUCUAAUAGUUAAUUUGAAGAUGCCCGUCUUAGUGAAAUCGGUUGCAUACUCUGUACCUCACGUGCUCCUGUGUCUCAGUUGCAUUGUAUUUAAUUAGUGGUACAUUGUUGGAGCGUGACCUUUAACUGUGGCACCUCUUUAAGGCUCGUUGGUAACAUUUUUAGAGUUCUGGAGAUGUCACUCUGGGGAAAUAACUGUCACUAAACUAGAUUAAUAAAACAGAACUGCAGCCUCACAGCCUUACCAGCGUUGACUUCAACAAAAGCGAGGGCAGUGCUCAAUAAAGUGGCCACCCCCAGAAGAUUUGAACCUCUAAGUAGCCAUAAAACAUGGCUGCAGCUGUGCAAAUACACUAUCAAGGGUGAAACAAGGACAGACAAGAUGUUGGAGCUCAAGAAGCUCGAGCGAGUGUAUUGAAAUCCUUCGUUCUUGUUGUGGUUUUUCUGUUUUGUUUUGCUUUUUUUUUUUCUGCUCCUGAUCCGAUCGGUCCCCAAAGCUCCGUUCCUGAACAAGAAAACCGUGUCCCUUUAAUAAUGCCCUCCCCCUUUUUUAUGCCAUUUUCUUCCCUGCCUCAGCACCCACCCUUCUCCUCCCCCUCCUUUUUGCUCUGUGGUUGCUAUGAGAACAGCAGCACUGCACCAUUCAUCUGCUGGAGACCUGGACUCCUGCUCCUGUAGAGAAAGUGCACCUCUCACAUCCAUACAUAACACAGUGAGCGCUAAUGCAGUCACACAGCUAAACGGAGAGCUCACCUUUCUCUAACGACGCAGGAAAUUUCACUUUUUUUUUUUUUAAACCUCAGAUUUGUUUAGCAGUAGUGAAGAUUUUUGUCACUUGACAGCUUUGGUACAUGCUCCACUAGCGGAGUUGUCACCUGCAUGUCUCCCUCUUUCGCCAGUGGCACGGUGACUGCUGCACUUUUCCUUUCUCCUCAUCCUUUCUUCCUUCCCUCCUCCUCCUCUCGCUCCUCCCGUCACUGCUAAAGCUGCCUGGCUCCGUAUCAUUUCCUGCGCCUGAGCUGAGCAGGCAGCAUCGCCACUGAAACCUGUGGAGAUUUCUUCAGAGGGGAGACAAGUGGAAGCGAGAGGGAGAGCUUCCUCUCCCCCUUCUACUCAUCCUCCACGCUGCCUCGCAGCACCUGCUUUUUUCCCCCCCUCCUUCUGAUCGCUCCCAUCAUUUCUCCCCUCCGUUUUUGAUGAACUGGUCAUCGCUCGGGGAGGAAGGAUUGCUCGUGCCGCUGGAAGGAGGGGACCUGGUGCCGUACUCGAGCCUUCAGGAAUGCGAGGUCUGGUUUGAAAAUGCCCCACUGCGGAAAGCAAAGUUUGUGGAGAGCCCUCGCAUUCCACAAUCAGAGCUUGGCUCCCCUACACACACCUCUGCUACUGCCAAGAAUACAGACCUGGACACAUACUGCCCUGGGGAGUCAAGCCAUGAGCUGGGGCCCCCUCCGUCGGUGGAUGAGGCAGCCAACACAUUGAUGACGCGGCUGGGUUUCCUUCUGGGAGACAAAGUGAGUGAGGGGCCAGCUGGUACACAGUACAGCAUGGAGGAACCCGAGGCGAGACAGGGCCAGAACCAGAGGAUCAGCCCCUGCUCCACCCUGACCAGCAGCACUGCCUCUCCGCCUGCAGGCAGCCCCUGCUCCACCCUCCCCACGGCCAUGCCGGGCCAGGCCGGCAACAAGGACUGUGCCUACGGUUCUGUCACCAGCCCCACCUCAACACUGGAGAGCAGAGACAGCGGGAUUAUCGCUACUCUGACGAGCUACUCGGAGAACAUGGAGCGAGGCGGCAAAUACAGCGAGGGCUCGCGAGGGAACCUGAAGCUGUGGCAGUCCCAGAAAUCAGGCAUGGACUCGUUCCUGUACAGGCUGGAUGAAAACAUGACCGCCUCCACCUUCAGCCUGAAUAAAAUCCCUGAGCGCAACCUGGAGAGCAUGUCCUCCCAUUCUGCCCACUCCAUCCCUUUGUACCUCAUGCCCCGUCCCAAUUCUGUGGCCGCUACAAGUUCAGCCCACCUAGAGGACCUGGCGUACCUGGAUGAUCAGAGGCACACUCCAUUACGCACCUCACUGCGCAUGCCCAGGCAGAGCACCACCUGCGGGCCGGGUCGCUCCGGGCAGGACCUGAGAGCUUCUGCAAAUAACACCCAUGCCUGGCAAUCUCAGUCACUGCGUUUUGCACCUUAUCGGCCUCAGGACAUCGCUCUCAAGCCUCUGCUGUUCGAAGUACCCAGCAUCACCAUGGACUCUGUCUUCACGGGACGCGAGUGGCUCUUCCAAGAGAUCGACGCCCACCUCAACAAUCCCAACGGUGGUAGCAACCAUGGCGUCGUGAUCGUGGGCAACAUCGGCUUCGGCAAGACGGCGAUCAUCUCCCGGCUGGUGGCGCUGAGCUGCCACGGCACCCGCAUGAGGCAGAUCGCCUCGGACAGCCCGCAGGCCUCACCCAAACAUGGAGAGGGGCUCCCUCUCACGCAGCCCCAACCCACGCACGGCACCCUCGGAGGAGGCAGCUGUCCUGGAACUCCUGAGAUGAGGCGACGUCAGGAAGAGUCCAUGAGGAGGCUGGCGUCACAAGUGGUGGCCUAUCACUACUGCCAGGCAGAUAACGCCUACACCUGCCUGGUGCCGGAGUUUGUGCACAACGUUGCGGCCUUAUUGUGCCGCUCGCCGCACCUGGUCGCCUACAGGGAGCAGCUUCUGAGGGAACCACACCUGCAGAGCGUCCUGAGUCUGCGCUCCUGCGUCCAAGACCCCUUGGCUUCCUUCAGAAGGGGGGUCCUAGAACCCCUGGAUGCACUUUACAAAGAAGGAAAAAUCAACUCUGAGGAGGACCUCAUCAUCCUCAUCGACGGCCUCAAUGAGGCCGAGUUCCACAAGCCGGACUACGGAGACACCGUUGUUUCCUUCCUCACCAAAACCAUUCACAAGUUCCCUCCCUGGCUCAAACUAGUGGUGACAGUCAGAACGACGCUACAGGAGAUCACCAACGCGCUGCCGUUUCAUCGCAUCUCCCUGGACAGCCUGGAGGAGAACGACGCCAUAGACCAGGACCUGCAGGGCUACAUCCUGCACCGCAUCCACAGCAGCCCCGAAAUCCAGAACAACAUUUCUCUUAACGGCAAGAUGGACAACACCACCUUCGGCAAGCUCAGCGGCCACCUGAAGGCCCUGAGCCAGGGGUCCUACCUGUACCUCAAACUCACCUUUGACCUCAUUGAGAAGGGCUACCUUGUUCUCAAAAGUUCCAGCUAUAAGGUGGUUCCAGUAAACCUGGCGGAGGUGUACCUGCUGCAGUGCAACAUGCGCUUCCCCACACAGUCGUCAUUCGAGCGGGCGCUUCCCCUUCUCAACGUGGCCGUGGCGUCGCUCCAUCCGCUGACAGACGAGCAGAUAUACCAGGCCAUCAACGCUGGUUCCAUGCAGGGCACUCUGGACUGGGAAGACUUUCAGCAGCGCGUCGACAACCUGUCAGUCUUCCUCGUGAAGAGGAGGGACGGCACCAGGAUGUUUGUUCACCCUUCCUUCAGGGAGUGGCUGAUCUGGAGAGAAGAGGGAGAAAAGACAAAGUUCCUCUGUGAUCCGAGGAGUGGACACACUCUGCUGGCCUUCUGGUUUUCUCGCCUGCAGAACAAGCUGAACAGACAGCAGACCAUCGAGCUGGGCCAUCACAUACUCAAAGCACAUAUCUUUAAGGGUCUCAGCAAGAAAGUUGGCGUCUCCUCGUCUAUCUUGCAAGGUUUGUGGAUAUCUUACAGCACAGAGGGUCUUUCUGCAGCGCUCUCAUCACUCAGAAAUCUCUACACUCCCAACAUCAAGGUGAGUCGGCUUCUGAUGCUGGGCGGUGCCAAUGUGAACUACCGCACGGAGGUGCUGAAUAACGCCCCCGUCCUCUGCGUCCACUCCCAUUUGGGCUACAUGGACAUGGUGGCUCUGCUGCUCGAGUUUGGUGCCUUUGUGGACGCCCAGUCUGAAAACGGCCUCACACCACUUGCCUACGCUGCAGCCGGCGGACACAUGGCCAUCGUCACUGCACUUUGUCGCAAGAGAGCAAAGGUGGACCAUCUGGACAAGAACGGCCAAUGUGCCCUGGUUCACGCGGCCUUGAGGGGCCACAUGGAGGUGGUGAAGUUCCUCAUCCAGAAUGACUGGAAUGUGGGCUCACAGCAGCAGCAACAACAGUCACCACAGGCACAGCAGCAGGCAGUCUUCACCAAGAGCCAAGCAGUCCAGCAGGCGCUGGUUGCUGCAGCCAGCAUGGGCUACACAGAGAUUGUUUCCUACCUGCUGGACCUGCCAGAGAAAGAUGAAGAGGAAGUGGAGCGUGCUCAGAUCAAUAACUUUGACACCCUGUGGGGAGAGACAGCUCUAACGGCAGCCUCGGGUCGCGGGAAGCUGGAGGUUUGCCGCCUCUUAUUGGAGCAGGGCGCUGCCGUGGCUCAGCCCAACAGACGAGGCAUUGUUCCACUAUUCAGCGCCGUCAGACACGGACACUGGCAGAUUGUAGACCUCCUUCUCACUCAUGGAGCCGACAUCAACAUGGCUGAUAAGCAGGGCCGCACGCCUCUCAUGAUGGCCGCCUCAGAGGGACAUCUGGGAACGGUUGAGUUCUUACUCUCUCAAGGAGCUUCUCUGUCUCUGAUGGAUAAGGAGGGUCUGACUGCACUGAGUUGGGCCUGUCUGAAAGGACAUUUACCUGUGGUCCGCUACCUAGUGGAGAGCGGCUCUGCCACUGACCACGCAGACAAGAACGGACGCACACCCCUUGACCUAGCAGCCUUCUACGGCGACUCUGACGUGGUCCAGUUCUUGGUCGACCAUGGGGCCAUGAUAGAGCACGUCGACUACAGUGGCAUGCGUCCUCUGGACCGGGCAGUGGGCUGCAGAAACACGUCGGUAGUGGUGGCUCUGCUCAAGAAAGGAGCCAAGAUUGGAUGUCAGACGCUGCCCAGUCGGCCCCGAGGUCCAGCCACGUGGGCCAUGGCCACCUCAAAACCAGACAUCAUGAUCAUCUUACUCAGCAAGCUCAUUGAGGAGGGGGACAGCUUCUACAAGAAGGGGAAGGUGAAGGAGGCAACUCAACGUUACCAAUAUGCUCUGAAAAAGUUUCCACGUGAAGGCUUUAGUGAGGACCUCAAGACAUUCAAGGAACUCAAAGUAUCGCUGUUCCUCAACCUGUCCCGAUGUCGGAGGAAAAUGAAUGACUUUGGGAUGGCUGAGGAAUUUGCUACUAAGGCACUUGAACUGAAACCAAAAUCGUAUGAGGCCUAUUAUGCCAGAGCACGCGCCAAACGUAGCAGCAGACAAUUUCCUGAAGCCUUAGAGGACCUAAAUGAAGCCAUAAAACUAUGUCCAAAUAACAGAGAAAUUCAGCGACUCCUCCAGAGGGUGGAAGAGGAAUAUCAUCAGCUCAACCAGGAAGAACACCAGCAGCAGGACAUGGAGUUAGAGCCUCCACCCUCACCUCCCCCUACACCCCCUCCAGAGGAGGAGGAGUCCCUGUCCCUGUCCAUGCCUCUUCCCCCUCCACCUGAGCCCCGCCUGGAGGACAUGGAGCCUGUCCAGGACCUGUUUGAGGAUGAGGACUACUUAGAGCAGGAGCUGGAGGCCAUGUCUUUGGCACUACCACCUCCAGAAUCUCUCACCAAUCCGUCAAGUCUUCCUAUCAUACAAAGCCCACCUCUCUCCCCCACACACCCGGAUCAGAUUUAUUUAGCUGGGGGUUCACCCAUGGGCCAGCCUUAUGAAUACCUCCCGACCUCCUCCUCUAUGUCCUCCCCAACUCGAGGUUCAUACCAGCCCCCAUCGCCCUCUCUCUCUCCAACUCAUCAAAACUCCCACUACCGACACAGCCCUCCUCACACCUCCCCAGUGCACCAACAGUCCUACCGCUUCAGCCCACCUCCUAUGGGCAGCGGGGGUCAGGGAAUGGAUCACCAGAGCCCACCGCCUUCUCCUUUACGUCGGGCUGCCCAGUACAGAGCUAGUCCGCCGUUGGAAAGUGUGUGCUUGUAUAGAUCGCAAUCUGGGUCUCCGGUGCGCUACCAGACAGAGCAGCUCCCUGGACGACCCAAAUCUCCCCUUUCCAAGAUGAGCACCCAGCGUUCAUUCCAGCUGACCUCACAGCCAUCGAUAUCCUCCCAGCAUCACCAAGCCCAAGGUCUUCGCCUCCAACCCUCUAUCGCCCAAAUCGUCCGCACAAACCAGCCCAACGUCUUGGGCAACAGCUUUAGUGGUCCAAUGGGCCACUCCAUUGGCGGUCGCUAUCAGGGGGGCUCAGUGGAUGUGGAGAGCCGCCUGGUGUACCAGCCGUCCCUGGACGGGCGGUCCAUGCCCCAGGUCCAAGCCAGCCUCAGCUCUGGGGCCCUCUGUCAGCACGGCGGCCGAGGAGGGGUCAUGGAGUCAAACCUAUUGAAAGAUGAGCUACCCCAGCGCCCCUCCUCUGCCUACCGCGCCAGCAGCGGGGGCCCAGGGGGCAUCCGUUACAGCCAGACACCUCAGAUAAGCCGCAGCCAGUCUGCAGCCUACUACCCAGUCUCUGAACACGUACUGGAGCGUGCAAACGCCAUGCCUCCCUGUCAGCUGGGCUCUCCUGAGAUCCCCCACAUGGUGAGACGUCCCGUGAGUGCCAAUACUACUGAGAUGAAGCAGCACGUGCCCACCCCCAGGCCUCUCAUCCAUUCUCAGAGUGUGGGCUUGCGAUUCUCCCCCUCUAGCAACAACAUCUCAGCUGGGUCUACUUCCAACAUAGCUCAGGCCUUUAGGCCCUCCGCGUCUAUUCAGCAGAUGGAGAUCCCCUUGCAAGCCACAUAUGAGCGCGCCUGUGACGACAUCUCCCCGAUCUCUCCCUCUCAGAGUGGUGGUUUAUAUCAGGGUGAAACCACCCGCUCCAGGAAUACGCCUUUCAUGGGGAUCAUAGACAAGACCGCUCGGACUCAACAAUACCUGUAUCAGCCCGGACGGUCCAGGCCCAUGACCUCCAUGGAUUCUGCUAUUAGCCCGACCUCCCCUGGGCAGCUCGUCCAGCAGGGCUCCACCUACAGUCCCCCGGCAUCUCUGGGCAACAUCGCCUACUACAACAAGACCAACAAUGCCCAAAAUGGACACCUGUUGGAGGAGGACUACUACUCCCAGACCCAACCCUCCUCACUGGGAAAGCUGGCCAAUGGAUCUCGUGGAACUGGUGAUAUUCUGGAACGGGUCAGCCAGGUGCCCACCUACCCUGAUGUGAAGGUGGCAAGGACUCUGCCAGUGGCACAGGCCUACCAGGACAACAUGUACCGCCAGCUGUCACGUGACUCCCGGACCCAAGGCCCCACCUCCCCCAUCAAACCAAAGAGACCAUUUGUGGAGUCGAAUGUGUGAGUGGACAGUUUGGACUUGGCGUGUCAGUAGAAGUGAAGGUGAAACAAGAAUAUUUAUCUAAAAAAGAAAACAAAAAAAAUGUGACAUGUGAUCUGUGUAUGUGUCAUGGACAAACUCAUGCAAAAGAACUCUUAAGAGACAACUCUGGUCAAAGAGAGAAUACCACAUUUAGGCUUUUAGACGCAAUCCUAUAUGAAAAAAACAUAACCGAUACUGAAUUGAUCAUUUCAUCAUCAUCAUAAUCUGCACAGGCUGAACAACAGAAAGUUUCUGAGUUCUCAUUUCAUUCUUUGACCAGUGCACUUCCAAGACAUAGAGUGGCACAACGCGACCACAAGUGACCACCCCAGAUGGGACUGAAAGAGUGACCGUGCUCCUCAUUAGACUCUGCUCGUGGACUCUCUGCUCAUCUUCUGUUCUUUCAAAGUGUGCUCUUAACCAAGGUUGCUGUGUAGGCUCUAUUCUAUGUACUAAAUAUUAUCUGUUCAAUACUGUACAUUGCUCUGAAAAAGCAAAAGGUUCUACGACUCAGUACUUAAGAGAAAAAUGACAAUAUUUAUAAUUAAGUUAUAUAUUGUACAUAGAAAAUAAAGCAAAAAUAGUUUGCAUUUUAAAUUUUAUUCUGUUAGCCCUGCUACUGUGUUACACUGCUAGUCAUGUGGAGGUGGAAAAAUUGACCAAUGCCGAAAAAUGAGGGACAGGCAAGCUUUGAUACAUGUUGUUCCAAAAGACGCAAGCCACUGCUUAAAAUCUCAAACUAUUUAAGAAUUGAAGUUGUUGAUUUAUUAUUUGUGGAGGUGCCUAAAUGAUCAGAUAUAGACCACGUUUUACAUUUCUGACACAAAAAACAAAACAAAGGAUUGAUCAUAAUUUCCAAAAUGAAACUUUAUUAGAACAGGUUGAUGAUUAAAAUUCUUACUCAGAUGAUCAAAAAAUGGUCAGGCUGCAACUUCUGUGUGGAUUUAUGCAUUCGAAAAACAAAAAAAUCUAAAUUUUAUCCUUUCAAUUGGCAUCAUAUCUGUUACAACAAGUGUAGAAAUGUCCUAUAGAACUGUUUGGAUAUUGUGACGUUAAAAAAGUAGUCCAGUUUCAAAGCUCUUGCAAAACGAAAUUAAAAACUUUAUUUAUUUUAGGGUCAGUUUUUUUAAAUAAGAAGGUGCAAUAACCUGGUUGCAUAAGUGUGAACACCUUUAAAAUAAUUCUUCGAGAAUUUCUUUUUAAAUGAAUGUUUAGCAUUCUUGGUAUUAGUUAAUUCUAAAAGAUCUCUAAAUCUGUCAGAUUGUGAGGACAUUCCUUUUCCACAACUCUUCAAAUUGUAUGUCUGAUUUAGUUCAGGUUCUGGCUCAGCCGCUCCAAAACUUUACUUUUCAUCAGGUGAAGUAUCUUCAUUUUAGCUUCCAGAUAUCUGAAGAUUUGGAGCUUUAUUGUUUGAAGUCAUCUCUUGAUUUUACUAUUUUUUUCAGACUGGAAGUUGUAACAUUUUGGAGUGGCCCAGCCAGAAUCCCAACUCGAAUCUAAUGGAGUGAGCUUAGCAUUAGGAUGAUUGCAAAGAGAACCUUCCAACCUGAAAGCAACUGCACAUCACCAAAGAUAAACCAUGAAGAUGCCAGUGGAAACAUGCAAAAAGCUGCUGAGCAAUUAUAAAGACUUUAUUUGCUUUAACGCUUAAAUAGAAAUUGAUCAUCUAAAAGGGCCUUAGUCAUUUCUUUACACAAAAUGUAAAUAAAUUUAGGUAGUUGUUUCCCCAAGAUGAUUCUCAAUUCACUUUGUUUCUGCCAAUGUUAGGGGUACUUUAUUACUGCAAGAUUCUUGUUAUAGAUCAGAUAAAUUCAAAAUAAUUUAUUGUGGAAGUGAAUUCAAUAACACUGAAUGCUUAAAUUGAAGAGUCCAAGAAAGCUUUUGUCUUCAGCUGAACACACUUAUGCCACCAGGAUGUUUUAGGGGUUUUUUUUAUUAUUAUUUCUAAACAGAUUAGUUUAUUUUUCUGUCAUUAGAGUAGGGACGCACGGCGUUAUACGCAGGAAAUGUUUUGAAAAGAGACAUUUUUUUAAUGUCAUUAAAAUCAGACUUUUCUAAAGAGUCUGUAUAUAUUUCUAAAGAGCCAUUUGGCUGCAGUAUGUUAGCUAUUUGUUAUUAAUUAGUGGCUCUAAUUGUUGGAAUUACAGAACAGAAGUCAGCUUUGAUUGCAAUAAAACAGUUUUGUCUGAGUAAGCGAUAAGUGACUAACUGGAAGUUUAAUAUUGAAAGUACCAUUGAGGUUUGGUUAUGUCCCUCCUUCAUAAUAGUGACGGGUUAGAGCUCAAAGGUUACAAGCAAGCAAAUGCAUCUCCCUAUCCUUUCUCACCAGCUCCUGGUAAACAUUUCUCCCUCUUCUGCUUUAUUAUUUUCAUGAUUUUUAAUUUUUUUUUCCCAGCCAGUUCUGCCCUAUGAGCUGUGUUACAUUUUGAACUAAGGGUGCACUUUAUAUAUUUUAUCUACUUUGGUUGUUGCGCUUGGUGAAUCUGGAGAAAGUGGGUGUGCGUCCGAUGCGGCCAGACUGUCAUAGAUUCCAUUACUGUAUAAUUUUUCAGCUUGGUGGUGAGUGACGGUACGAGGAGAGAACGACGUUUUUAAAACUGGCGAGGAUGUAUAGACUUUCUAGCACAAGAUGUAUAUAGUGGUUUAGAUACUGUGCUCGGUCCGGCUCAGAUUUGUGGGUAUGUUUUGUUUUUUAAAGGCCAAAUCAUUAUUUCACCUUGUUCCAAAGAAAAAAGAAAAAAAAGUCUAUGUUAGAACAGCUUCUUAAAUGCACAAAUGUUGGAAAUAUAAAUCUGCUGAAAGAAAAUAGAAUAAUUAUAGAAAAAUAACAAUAAGGCUUGGUAUUUUCUCCAGAAACUCCAUUAUUGGAGUCAUCGUAAUGUGGAAUAACAAAAAUAGUCAAGUUCUUGUUAUAUAUGAGAAAAGUUAUAGGCUUUUUGGCUGUAGCUUUUUACUUUGUGAUGUCAGAUAAAGAUGAUCAACAGAGAGAUUUCCUCCUCGUCUCCUGUUUUAACAGCUGUCAGAGAAAUGAAGGUCAAACUGUAUCACACCCAACUUAAACAGGACUUGUUCAGUCGCAGGAGUCCAAGGGCGUUCGAGUUCGAGCUGUAUGUGUAUAUUAGUUUGCUGUAAAUAGUCCGAUGCAUGUUCUAUUCUUUCCAUGAAGCUCCAGCAGAAACAUGUAUAGAAGUGUGUGAUACGGUGUCGGGAUUAAGAUAAGGAGUCUACUGCUGUCCCUGAACUGUCCUCAUCAUUCUCCUUCAGCCUCACCUGACGAGUAAAAGAUUUCCUUUUAUUUUAGUUUUUAACGUAUUUGCUUGCUGAGCAGAGUUCUCUUGUCUGUAAAUGUGAGCUUUCAGAUCGCUGUGAUAAAAAGUUUCAUUAAAAAUGUUAAAAAAGAAUGUGUUUUUAUCUCAUGAUAACUGAUUGUAACAUGUACAGUCCAAACUAUGUAUUAAAAAAAAAACAUAUUUAUAAAUGGUUAUAAACUGAAA